AUUGCCGGAUCCACUGAACUGGUUUUGACAACUUCCGGAGAGUUGUCUUUCGUAGUUUUCUUUUCGCCCUAAACUAUCAAGAUGGCUCGCGGACCGAAGAAACACUUGAAGCGUUUGAACGCCCCGAGAGGAUGGAUGUUGGACAAGACCGGGGGUACCUUUGCCCCGCGUCCCUCCACUGGCCCACACAAGCUGCGUGAGUCGUUGCCGUUGGUGAUUUUCCUGCGCAACCGGCUGAAGUACGCCCUGACCAACACCGAGGUCACCAAGAUUGUGAUGCAGCGUCACAUCAAGAUCGACGGCAAGGUCCGCACCGAUCCGAACUAUCCGGCCGGAUUCAUGGAUGUUAUCACCAUCGAGAAGACCAAUGAGAACUUCCGUCUGAUCUACGACGUCAAGGGUCGUUUCACCGUUCACCGCAUCACCCCGGAGGAAGCCAAGUACAAGCUGCUGAAGGUGAAGCGCGUCCAAAUUGGCCCGAAGAAGGUGCCAUUCAUUCUGACCCACGACGGUCGCACCAUCCGUUACCCGGAUCCGAUCAUUCACCAGAACGAUUCGAUCCAGUACGAUAUCGCCACCGGUAAGGUGAUGGACGUGCUCAAGUUCGAACCCGGAAACCUGUGUAUGAUCACCGGCGGAAGGAAUUUGGGUCGUUGCGGUACUGUGAUCCAGCGUGAGAAGCACCCGGGAUCGUUCGAAAUCGUGCACGUCAAGGAUGCCACCGGUCACGUUUUCGCCACCCGUCUGACCAACGUUUUCAUCAUUGGUAAGGCCACCAAGGCUUUCAUCUCGCUGCCAAAGGGCAAGGGUGUCAAGCUGUCCAUUGCCGAGGAACGCGACAAGCGACUGGCCAGCAAGGCUGCUCACUAAGCCACAGAGGUGAUGGGAGACGAGCUGUUGGUAAGCGAAUAUUCGCUUACUUGAGCGUUACAAUUCCGCGAUAAUGUAAGGCAAGUUGUGUAUUUUUACGACAGUGGAAAAAAAGCUUUCAGUGGGUACAUUAGAAAGUCAACACCUGUAUUCGAAUGCUGAAAAUACAAAAAAAAUCCUUAAAAAUUUAAAA